AUGACGCGUCUUGAUGGUCCCACAACGAAAAUUUUAAUCAAUAUUUGGCGAUUUAUUGAUUCACAUUUGUUAUUUCGAUUGUGGCGAAGAGAAGCGGGCGGUCGUUUCAGCGGUGGAGGUGUUGAGUGGUUAUCUUUUACUGAUUUGCGUUUUUCGUUUUUCCUUCAUUUAUCUUGUAAGAACUGUCUAAAAACUUGUGUUAUGUUCAGAUAUCUUUGCAUUCUUUGCUUUUUAUUUCAACGUUUCCGAGGAAUGGAUGAAAAAAUCAAUAUGUCGCUUGACGAAAUCAUCAAGAAAGAAAAAAAAUUUGUUGGCAAGAAGUUUCUUGGAAAAAGGCGCAGUCUGAAGCGUCCCAGAGUCACCAACAAUUUUGGGUUGAAAAGACGAGCACGUAAAUCAUCACUUGCCAAUAUAAGUAAUCAGAAUGCAGAUAAAACUGGUUCCGCUACAUUGCGCCUUGUUAACAGACUCGUCAAGAACGCAAUAAGAAGUCAAGCGAAUCAGACCUUGAUCAGUCGUGCCGCUCAGUUACAACGUCGUCGUAUAGCGGUGCGUAGAAUGGCUAAAAGGCCUGCAGGAGGAAGACGGCGUUUUAUGGCAAGAUCGUCUCUUCCGGCCGAUCGUCUCCGUGGCGUUAGUCAGCGGUCGCGAAUUAUCUUUGGUAGAAAUGUGAAAGGAUCCGGCGCUGCCUCUGUCCGACGUUUAUCAGGAUUCCGUUCUGAUUCAGUUUUGCGUGGUCGAGGAACAAGAUUGGGACAUUUGGUCAGCGAUGUUUCACCAGUUCUCAAUAAAAUAAAAUAUGUACCGGUUGACACUGUUGUGAAAAAUCAACUUCCUAUUCAACAACGAUUUACGCAAAGAAGUGUUUGGAAUCGAAUUCCUCAGCAGCAGCGUGUAGUUAUCGUCGAUGAAGUAGUGUUAAUUCUUUUUUUUGUUAUAUUUCCUUUUUCUAAUUGUAUUUGUCUUUUUUGGUUCACAUGGGUCCAAAUGACUAUUUGGGCGGAACGCCUUAUCAGGCCACAUGGGAGUAUCAGAACUCCACCUGUUCGUCGUCAAAAAUUUCGUUCUCGCAAACCAGUUUUUGAGCGCCUUCAAAGAGAUAAUAGAUUUAGAGGUUCGAAUCCGGAUGCAGAAAGAAUGAGAAAUGCUUUCGGAAUUGGGAAUAGUCGCAAAUUCGGUAUUGACGAAUCAGCCAACUCAUUUCUGGACCGAUUGCACGAGGACAAACAAAGAGCCCCGAAUCGCCGUUUCAAUCAGAUAUAUGUGAUGUGA